CGACACGGAGGCGUGGCAGCGGGACCCCGCCUUCUCGGGUCUGCAGAGGGUCGGCGGCGUGGACGUGUCCUUCGUGAAAGGGGACAGUGUCAGCGCCUGUGCCUCCCUGGUGGUGCUCAGCUUCCCCGAGCUCGAGGAUUCCAGUGACCGGCGAGAGGCGUUGGAGGGGAAGCAGAAAGAGAGAGGCUGAGGGCUUUCUGUGGCCGGUAGGGACCGCCCGUGGUCUGGACCUCCGAGCCUGGCCGGCUUCAGUGACCGGCAGCACACACCCAGAGCUGCCCAAGCAGCCGUCCCUUCCUGGACUCCCCUUCCCCUCACAUCCUGGCGGAUGUCAGCUGGCAUUUUCAGCUUCUUCAGUCUUGCGGGGAUCUGGCCCCUUGCCUGCCUCCCCUUGGCCCCUACCCUGUCUGUGCUGCCAUCUCUGCUCCUGUAGGUUUCUGAGCCGAAUUUUCAUGGGCUCCCCACCCCAAGUCUUGCUCCUUGGUGCCUAAGUGAUUUCCUUUAAAAAUAAGAAAUUAAAAAGAUAAAGUCUAUCAUUGUCACCAUGAGUUCUUUUAACAGCACUUCUGUGUCCUUCCUGGGGCCUCAAGAUAAAUCAAGUUCGCGCUUGAUAGUGGCUUGAAGGCCCUUUGUGAUCUUUUCUCUGCUUGAGAUGACCUGUAGGCUGGGUUCCCACCAUUGUUAUCCUCCCCACUCCCCACUCCCCACACCACACCUCUCAGGACAGCAUUGCUCCCUCGCAGACUGUGCCACCUGGCCUUUCCAGGCACACUUCCUCUCCUGGCAUAGUCUAGAGAAUGUGUGUGUAGUAGGACUCUUGGACUUCCAGCCUCCAGAACUGAGAGAAAUAAAUCUUUGUUGUUUAUAAGGCACCCAGUCUGAGGUAUUGUGCUAUAGCAGCCCAAAUGGACUAAGACAAGGGUGCAGGGGCCACUCCUGGACUCGUGGGGUCAGGGGCUCUCUGGGUCCUAAUAGGGAAGUGGGAGCUGGCUAGGUGAAGACUAUGCACCAUCAUCCACCAUCAUCCUAUGGGGACACAGGAUGCACCUUGUGUCCCUGUGGAAGGUCAUCUGUAGGCUUCAGCCAUCCAUCCUGCUUGGGUUCAUUAAGAAUCAGUUUCUCUUGUUUACCAUUAGAGUGGACCUACCCCACUUUGAGUCAUUCGUAGGUAAGUUUCUUACUGAGUUACUGAUAAAAAGGCCAAGAGACAAGUCCCAGACUUCCAGACUAACACAGAAGAAUCAGUUCUCUUAGGUGUGUUUAGUAGAAACUAAUUUGGGAGCUAUCAUCAAGACAUCUGGAGGAUUCAGUAACAAAAAUGGGGGUGUGUCCCCAUAGGAUGAUGGUGGCUGCUUAAUUAGAAUUUCUUCACACAAGCUCCAAAAACCAGAUAGAGCAACAAGAAAGGAAAGCCCCUUUUUGUUUCCCAAGCCCAGGACAUAAGAUGAGCCUAUCAGAGAUGUCACUGUGCCCCCUGGUGGGGAAUGAAACUCACCAGGCUACAGAGUAACUCAGGCUGGGGAGACUCCGCCCUCAAGUGCUCUAGGCAGAGGCUGACCUACAGGCCCGGUGGUGUAUGAAGAGAGCCGAAUGGUCAGCCUGACGGCCCCCUACGUGGCAGGCUUCCUGGCCUUCCGAGAGGUGCCCUUCCUGGUGGAUUUGGUGCAGCAACUACAGGAGAAGGAGCCGGGCCUCAUGCCUCAGGUCCUUCUUGUGGAUGGAAAUGGGGUGCUUCACCACCGAGGCUUCGGGGUGGCCUGCCACCUUGGCGUCCUCACAGAGCUGCCCUGCAUUGGGGUGGCCAAGAAACUCCUGCAGGUGGAUGGGCUGGAGAACAAUGCCCUGCACAAGGAGAAGAUCCGGCUCCUGCAGGCUGGAGGAGAUACAUUUCCUCUGAUGGGAGGCUCUGGAACUGUCCUGGGAAUGGCCCUGAAGAGCCACAGCCACAGCAUCAAGCCUCUCUACAUCUCCGUGGGCCACAAGAUAAGCCUGGAGGCAGCCGUGCGCCUGACCCAAUGCUGCUGCAGGUUCCGGAUCCCAGAGCCUGUGCGCCAGGCUCCUCCCACCUUGCAGAGGGCAGCUCCAGGUGGUGGCAGGCCAGGGGUGCAAGCUGAGGACCAGGACAGAGCAGAAAGACCCAGGGCACCUGCAGGAGGAGAAGGAGGACACUGGGGGGCCCAGGCCCAGGAAGAGGCCUGGCUUCCUGGGCUCCUGCCCAGGCUGCAGGGAGCUGGGUGUGGCGGGAGGUUGGGUGCUUUGUUUUUGUUUGGUUUUGUUUUUGGUGAUUCACAUUUCUUUUGUUAUUUCCUAAACAAAGUGUGCACAGUUUGGAAGCUCAGCUCGUUCUGCAGGGCUUGGGAUGGAACCCAGGCCGUUUCGCAGCCCCCUGCUCCCCCUGGUGUUUCGGCUGCUCUUUCAGCAUUUACUUCUGAAUAGCAAUGUUACUGCUGCUGUUCCCUUUACUUUUCAGAUUUAGAAAUUACCAAUCAAUAUUCCGCUGUGGGGAUUGAAAGUUUGUUCUCUCAUGGAGCCCAGAUGCACAUGUGUAAGCACUUUUGGAGCCCAGAUGCGUGCGCGCACGCAUACACACACACACACACACACACACACGUGCACACCACCCGCUUCCUGCUUCCUCCUGUCCCCAGGGAUCAGGAUUCAGCAUGUGCAAGAUGUUUCUUUGCAGACUGGGGUUGUGGCUUGGUGGUAGAGUGCUUGCCUGGCCUAGCAUGCAUGAGGCACUAGGUUGGAUUCCCAGCACCACAUAAAAAAACUAGAUAAACAUAAUAAAGCUAUUGUGCCCAUCGACAACUGGAAAAAAAAAAAAAAGAUGUUUCUUUGCUUACGCUGGUCACUGCUGAGGAACAUGUUGUAAUUACACCUCUGCACAAUCUCUUGUGUUUCCUGGACUGAAUAAUUGCCUCAUUUGGUGGUGGUGGGGGGCGUGUUUUCUAUGUGCCCAUGACUUAUUUAUCCCCAAACUCUGCCAUGGAAUAAAUGGAACAUGAAUCUCUUUGGU